CACUUCCAGCAGAGAGGCGCACAGCCGGCUGAUCCACCUGAACCAUGGAUGCAGAGCAGGGAAUGCAGCCUCUGGAUCCCAGCUCCUGUUCUCCUGGAACAGGCUCCCAGAAGCCUGAGGAGGGGACCGACCAGCUGCAGAAACCACCUUAUUCCUACGUGGCUCUGAUUGCCAUGGCCAUCAAAGACAGCCACGAGAAGAAGGAGACGCUGAGCGGGAUUUAUAAUUAUAUCAUAUCAAAGUUUCCCUACUAUGAGAAGAACAAGAAAGGAUGGCAAAAUAGCAUACGGCACAAUCUGUCUCUCAAUGACUGUUUCAUCAAGGUCCCCAGGGACAGCGGAGAGGGCAGAAAGGGGAACUACUGGAUGCUGGACCCGGAGUUUGAGGAGAUGUUUGAAAAGGGGAACUACCGGCGCCGGAGGAGGGUGCGGAGACCUUACAGACCCCCCAGCUUCCACUACCUGACAGGGGACUAUCCAGAGCCGCUCUACUUCCAGCCUUACAGCGGCUCCUGGGGUAUCCCGGAUCCCAGCGGGUACCCUGCACCGCAGAUCGUCCCCGGAACCACCCGAGGAGUUCCCAGCAGCUCCUACUGCCCGCCCCACUUCCAACACUCCGUGUACGGGACGUACCAACACCAGCACCCGCCUGUGCUGGUUCCUCACAACAGGUACCCUUAUGGAGGGGUGACCCCGCCGCUGAGCCCGGGGGGAGGCGCCGUCUCUGUGGCCUGCAGCUACCCGCAGUUCACCGCCUACACCCGGCAGGCGGAGGAGCGGCUGUUUUAUUUCCCCUGAUCAGUGAAGGACUUCAGCCAUGCUGACCAGAGACAAUCAGUUCAUGUGCUUCACCAUUUCAGGCUGUUUAUUCAGGUGUUCAUUGUUUGAUGGUUGAAUUGAAGCACGUAAAUGUUACUAAUUUCAUUUAUGUUUUUUUCUUAAUUACAUAAAAUUUAAUUUACAGGCUUUUUUUCCUGUUGAGGUGGUAAAUAUUUUGUAAAGCUUAAUCGGUCUAAAUAUUUUCUGUUCUCUCAUAUGUUUUGCAUUUACAGAAACAUGUUGAAUACAAGCUUUACAUUUUUCUAUACCUUAUUUAUAUAUUUUUUUAUUUUUCUAAUUCUCGAGCUGCUACAGUUAGUGGCAGUAAAGCACUGAGUCGUUU